GUUUUUAUUUCAGACCGGAAGUAGUUCUCAGGUCAAGGGUUGCGCACAUUGUUCUGCGCGGUCUCAGAAAAUGAAUGAAGUUUUCCUAAAAUAAUAAAUCCAGUGAAAGCUAACUUUACUCUUCAGUAGAGACAGGAGCAGAGACCGGAAGUGGUUUAUACACACCAUAAUAAAGAAGCUUCUCUCCUCUGAGAUCACAGAUUUGAUUUGGGAUGGCUGGAAUUCUGUUUGAAGACAUCUUUGAUGUAAAGGACAUCGAUCCUGAUGGCAAGAAGUUUGACAGAGUAUCUCGUCUGCACUGUGAGAGUGAGUCUUUCAAGAUGGACCUCAUCUUGGAUGUGAACAUUCAGAUCUAUCCUGUUGAUCUCGGUGACAAGUUCAGAUUGGUCAUCGCCAGCACGUUAUAUGAAGAUGGAACUCCAGAUGACGGAGAGUAUAAUCCUCAGGACGACCGGCCAUCGAGAGCGGACCAGUUUGAUUACGUGAUGUACGGGAAGGUUUACAAGAUUGAGGGCGAUGAGACUUCGACAGAAGCAGCCACACGACUCUCUGCCUACGUGUCUUACGGCGGCCUCCUCAUGCGGCUGCAGGGAGACGCCAACAACCUCCACGGCUUUGAGGUGGACUCCAGAGUCUACCUCCUCAUGAAGAAGCUGGCUUUCUAAAACCCAGACUCUGCCUCCGCCAUGGUUCAACCUCAGUCAAACAAACCUCCAUACUGAAGACUUCUGUAUUUUCAGAGUACAUGACCACCACAAAGGGCUGCUCUCUGACAAACACAGAGACUGGAGGAGAGUUCUUUUUCUUUAUAAUCCUAGUUACAACGUAUUUCUUAUUAAAGACCGAACACUUAAAAGCUGCACUAUCUCUGUGGCAAACUGUAAAUAAAGAUUUCUUUUAUACAAACGUA